UCAGAUCGUCGCAGCGAUUCUGGGACGUUAAUAAAUUCUGAACCUCCGCUUUCCCCCCUCUCUUGGUCUAAUUUGCCAUUUCUUUUUGGUUUAUUCUUCCGCAUGUCGGGUUGUUCCUUGCAGAAAUCUUCGACGAGGAACGGUUUCGCUUUCCUCUGGUUUAAGUGUUAGGAAUGCUUUUUCACACAAUUUAUUUCUUAGUUACAAGGAAAUGCUGUUUCCUCAGAAGAAAAAGCUUAGACGGUGGUAAACUGUUUUCCUUGAAGAGUUCAUCGUAAAGGAAAUGGAAGAGAAACACACUGAGGAAGAGAGAUCUCCAACCAGUGCUUUCAUUACCACUUUUUCACCAUCUCAAGAAUACCCAAGUGAUUCUGCUCCUUCAGGCACUCCGUCUCCAGUAACUAAUGGUGAAAAAGAGCAUGAGGAAGUGACAGUAAAAGAAUAUGAAGCAUCGACUUCAGAAACCACACCUGAUGCCAUGGUGUUAAGUGAUGUUGGAGCUAAGCUGACAUCAUCGGAAGAACAAACGAUGGCUUCAGCUGAGGGCAUUGCAGCAGAAAAAUCAGAGGUAUAUGAUAGUGUAUCUACUCAAGCUUUGGGCAACAAUAAACCUGAGGUGUGCAACCAUUGGGUGCAACCUGAAGAGGAACGAGAUGGGAGUAUUGUUGUAACUAGUGUUGAUGGAGACACUGAUGGGAGACCUAUAAUCUCGAAAGAGUCAGAAACCAUGCAGGAUCAUUUUGAUACAGGGAGCCUACACGAGUUGCCACCCCAAGAAGAGAUUUUUGUAAAGCCAUCUGAAAGUUCAUUAGUCUUCAAUCUGUCUGUCAGCAGUCCUAGACAGGUGGAGUCUCACAGGGCUCUUGUUGACACAGCAGCACCUUUUGAAUCUGUGAGGGAAGCUGUGACCAAGUUUGGGGAAAUUGCUGACUUUAAAGCCCACAAAAUGAAGACAAUGGAGAGACGGCGGUUUGUGGAGCUUGAACUUGAGAAGGUACAAAAGGGAAUUCCAGAAUGCAAGAAGGAGCUGGAAAUUGCUGAAAAUGAAAAGAAACAAGUUCUUCAGGAGCUUGAGAGCACCAAGAGAUUCAUUGAAGAACUAAAAGUCGGUUUAGAGAAAGCACAUACUGAAGAGGAGCAAGCAAAACAAGAUUCUCAGUUUGCUCAAAUGCGGGUUGAAGAAAUUAAACAAGGAAUUGCUGAUGAAGCUAGCGUUGCUGCCAAAGCUCAGUUGGAGACUGCAAAGGCAAGGCAUGAGGCAGCAUUAAGCGAGCUGAAGCUAGUGAAGGAAGAAACUGAAGCUCUGAAAAGUGAGUAUAUUUCGCUGAUUGAAGAGAAAGACAAAGCUGUCAAAAAAGCUGAGGAUGCAGUAUCAGCAUCAAAGGAAAUAGAAAAGACAGUCGAAGAACUGACCUUAGAAUUGAUGAGUACAAAAGAAUCCCUCGAGUUGGCCCACGCAUCCCAUUUGGAGGCAGAAGAGUGCAGAGUUUCUGCUGCCUUGGCUAGAAAACAGGAGGACCUCAAGCAGGAAAAGGAAAUGAAGGCAGCAGAAGAAGAAACUCAGAAGCUUAUAGAACAGCUUUCAGCAUCCAAGGAUCUCAAGACAAAACUGGAAACAGCAUCAUCUUUACUGCUUGAUUUGAAGGCCGAAUUGGCAGCUUAUAUGGAGGCUAAACUGGAUUCUGAAACAUCUGGUGCUGAAGAAGAAAAGAUCCUCACAGCUGAGCUAGAAGAGGCAAAGAAUGCUCAAAGAGCUACACUUAUUGCUCUCUCUUCAACCACAAAGGAGCUUGAAGAUGUGAGGGCUCAAAUAGAAAAAUCAAGGAAGGAAGUGGAGUGCCUGAGAAUUGCGGCAAUAUCACUCCAGUCAGAGCUGGAAGAAGAAAAGUCUACACUUACCUCAAUGAGGCAGAGGGAGGGAAUAGCAAAUGUGACAGUUUCAGCUCUUGAAGCAGAACUAACCAAGACAUGGUCAGAGGUUGAAGCAGUUCGAACAAGUGAAAAAGAAACAAGAGAGAAAAUGGUGGAAUUACCCAGGGCACUUCAAGAAGCUGCUCAAGAAGCAGAUCAGGCCAAAUUAUCUGCCGUGUCAGCACGGGAAGACCUAUGCAAGGCCAAGGAAGAAGCAGAGUUGGUCAAGGCUGGUGCAAGUACAGUAGAAAGCCGGCUUCGUGCAGCAACAAAAGAGAUAGAGGCAGCCAAGGCUUCAGAGAAGCUAGCACUAGCAGCAAUCAAUGCACUUCAUGAGAGCGAAAUGGCUUCAAGAAUGUUGAAUGAGAAUGAGCCAUCUGGGGUGACUCUAUCCUUGGAGCAGUACUAUGAACUCAGCAAGAAAGCACAUGAGGCAGAGGAGGUUGCUAAUGCCAGGGUGGCAGCUGCCAUGUUGGAAAUAGAUGCAGCCAAGGAGGCUGAGAUGAGAAGCUUGAAGAAUUUGGAGGCAGCAAGCAAAGAGCUGAGUGCAAAAAGGGAGGCAUUAGCGGUGGAAAAGGUGAAAGCAGAACAUGCCAAAGAAGGAAAAUUAGGUGUGGAACAGGAAUUAAGGAACUGGAGGGCAGAGCACGAGCAGAGAAGGAAGGCAAAUGAGUCUGCUUCUGGGGUUGUAAAUCUUGCAGUAGGCAGCCCAAGGAAAAGUACUGAGGAGAGCCAACCUAUGCAUAACCAUGACAAAAAUCAAGAUUCCAAAGCGUUUUCACUUGAAAAUAAUGCAGAAAAUGUGAUCCCUGACCCCAAUGCAAAAAAGAAGAAAAAAUCUUUGUUCCCUAAGAUUAUCAUGUUAUUGGCCAGGAAAAGGAGGUAACCUACUGAGGCAGUUGUAACCUUGUUGUAAAUUAAUUGUCUUUGCAUUUCUGCUUCUCUUGCCCUUCCCCCUCACGGUGUAGAAAAUAAUUUCCCGUCCUGAAUUUUCUUAGGUAUUGUUAUUUUUCUUUUUAUGUAAUCAACCACUACUCAUGUGCGUCACUGUUUGAAUUGUCUUCUACUUGUAAGUAAUAAUCUGGUUGAAAUGAUUUUCUGUCAUUCGUAAGCAUCACAGUCUGGAGUAUAUUUUUCUUGUAAAAAAUAAAUGGGAUGAUCCAGUAUCAAUAAAAUGUUUACGAUUUACAAUAGUACAGUUUA